AUGGGAUUAAAAGAAAUUCACGAUAGGGGAUUUAUUCAUAAGGAUUUUCAUUCAGGCAAUAUAUUAUGUGGUAGUAAAUAUUACAUCUCGGAUUUAGGUUUAUGCAAACCCGUUGAUGAGAAGGUUAGCGACAAUAAUCUUUAUGGAGUUUUACCUUACGUAGCUCCCGAGGUUUUAAGGGGCAAGACGUAUACCAAAGCCGCUGAUAUUUAUUCAUUUGGAAUGAUUUUAUAUGAAAUCAUUACAGAAUUACCACCAUUUAAUGAUAUGCCUUAUAAUGAAGUUCUUGCUAUGAAAAUUUGUCAAGGACUUCGACCCAAAUUUAUUGAUAUUAAGCUACCGCCUUUCAUCAGUCAAUUAAUUGACCGAUGCUUAGACGCAGAUCCGUUAAAACGACCUACAGCCGAUGAAUUAAAUGACCUUUUUGAAACAUGUGACCCAUUCAAUAUUGAAUAUCGUAAACAAUGUGAAGAAGCAGAAGAAUAUAAUAGAUCUCUUCAUAAAUCACGUUCAACUGAAGCACACCCACAAGCAUAUUACACGAGCAGACUAUUAAAUAUGGAGGAUCUUCCUGAACCACAAAAUUCUAAAAAAAUAAACGAUCAAUUUUAUAAUGUUUCGG